CUCACCUUUGCCUGUCACUCAAUAAACUCAACUCAUCAAAUAAAAUCUCCUCUUUCUCUCUCUUGGUUGUGUUCACGUCGUUCAUCCAUUUCACAUCUCUUCUCUUCAAUUAAUUCCUAUAUAUAAAUUCAACUCACUAUGCCAGCUCCUGUUACUUUCAUCCCUUGAUUCAUUACUGUACCAGUCUUCAAUUUUUUUCCCUUUUGACUUUCACUUACGAUUCCGAUAUGGAAAAAUGUCGUUUGGUUCUGUUUCUUGCCGCGAUUUCUUCAGUUUUCCGACUUCUCCAUGCCACCUCCGGCGACUCUGAUCCGAUUUACAAAGCAUGUGUUGAUCAGUGCAAGGAGACUGGAUGUGUGGGGGACAACUGCUUUCAGCAUUGCAAUUUUUCUUCUGGGGGAAAUCUCAUUGGUGGUCCAUGGUACCUGCAGGAACCACUAUAUCUGAGAUGGAAACAGUGGGACUGCCUUAGUGAUUGUCGAUACCACUGUAUGCUUGUCAGAGAGGAAGAAAGGCAGAAGCUUGGUCUUAAGCCUAUCAAAUAUCACGGGAAAUGGCCAUUCCGUCGUGUUUAUGGGAUCCAGGAACCUGUUUCUGUGGCUUUCUCUGCCCUUAACCUUGCUGUACAAUUCCAUGGAUGGGUAUCCUUUUUCAUUCUAGUGAACUACAAGCUACCUUUUAGCCCAAGCAAGAAGCCCUAUUAUGAAUACACUGGUUUGUGGCAUAUUUAUGCAAUUUUAUCAAUGAACGCCUGGAUCUGGAGUGCUGUUUCCCAUAGUAGAGAUGUAGAAUUGACUGAGAAGCUAGAUUAUUCAUCUGGGGGUGCGUUGGUUGGGUAUUCACUCAUUCUUGCUAUAUUGCGAGUCUUCAAUGUGAGAGAUGAGGCAGCAAGGGUAAUGAUUGCUGCUCCCAUUGUUGCGUUUGUGACAACCCAUAUCUUGUAUCUGAACUUUUAUCAACUUGACCAUGGAUUAAACACCAAAGUCUGUGUUGCUAUGAGCAUGUUGCAGUUUACUUUAUGGGCGGUCUGGGCAGCUUUUACUCGCCAUCCAUCACGCUGGAAGUUGUGGCUUGUGGUGACUGGUGGAGUCCUUUCUACACUCCUUAAGAUAUAUGACUUUCCUCCCUAUAUGGGAUAUGUGGACGCUGAUGCUCUAUGGCACACUAUCUCCCUUCCCCUAGCGUACUUGUUGUGGAGUUUUGUUAGGGAUGACAGUGAAUUUGGAACAACUACUCUCAUCAAGAAAGCUAAGUAGAAUGAGAGGCACGCCGUAAUUAAAGGGUGUCCAAAGUGAUUUCCAUUCAGAUCUUUGUUAGUUUUUGGUUGGUUGUCUCUUUUUUCUUGCAUGAAUGCAUUUCUUGGAAAUGCCUGGUCAUGCGAGUUUCCGUUUUUCCAACUUCAGUAGGCCUAGUUCAGUUGCAUUUUUUAAUUUCCACAUCUUUCAUCCAGUGUCUUGUAAAACAUAUCUGAAGUUGUACUUGGCUUAUGUUAUUGUAGCUUGUAUUUUAUGCAUUUAUUUAGUGUGAAGUUCUUACUGUACCUUGGGCA